UAGCUCCUCCCGUUUUGUAGCUUAAAAAUUUGGUAAUGAAGAUCAAAAUCCUGGGAAGAGGGAAGAAUACAAUAGUGUCGUACGGAUUUCUUUAGUUUUCUCAUCUCCUCUCCCCCAAUUUCACCUCAAAGCCAUGCCGCCCACUGAUGGUACCAAAUUCUGUGCGAAUAACUGUUCGCCACUUUCUCUGUCUAAAACCGCCACUACCACUUGCGCCUCUCUCCUCCGCGAACUCCAGAAAAUAUGGGAUGAAAUUGGAGAAAGCGACACUGAGAGGGAUAAGAUGCUUCUUGAUUUGGAGCAGGAAUGCCUUGAUAUAUAUCGUAUGAAGGUGGAAAAGAGUAGAAAUAACAAAGCUGAGUUACUUAAGUGUUUGGCCGAAUCUGAAGCUGAAAUUGCUCAAAUUGCCUCUGCCCUUGGAGAAACGGUUUCUGUACCUCAGUACGAAAAGAAUAAAUGCAACCUUAAGCAGCAAAUUUCUGUUAUAUGCCCCAUUCUGGACAGUUUGAGGCUAAAGAAACAAGAGCGAACUAAAGAGAUUUCCGAAAUAGAAUUCCUCAUUUCGGGGAUAUCUGCAGAAAUAGCAGGCAUUGAUCCAAAUAUGAGUUCUAACACAGUUCAAGUGGAUGAACAAGACUUGACAACCAAGAAGUUGAGUGAUCUGAAAUCUUACCUUAAGGAGCUUCAGUUUGAAAAGAAUCUGCGCCUGCAGAAAGUUAAUAGUCACAUCAGUACUAUCCAUGAACUUUCAGUAGUCCUGUCUCUAGAUUUUAAGAAAAUAAUGGCUGAAGUUCAUCCAAGUCUAGUUGAUGCUGUUGCUGGUCAAGCUAAGAGCAUCAGCAACGUAACACUUGCUAGAUUAACCAGUGAGAUUAACUUACUGAACCAAGAGAAACAACAGCGGCUACUGAAGGUAAAAGCUCUUGGAAGAAGUCUUGUAGAGCUCUGGAACCUUAUGGAGAUGUGUGCUGAUGAGAAAUCAAAAUUUGAUCACAUCACUUGCUUAAUCAGUUACACUGUUGACAAGGUUUUGAGUCCUGGAUGUCUAUCUGUUGAUGUCAUCGAUCAGGGCGAAGCUGAAGUUGAGCGUCUAAAUGUUCUGAAAGCCAGUAAGAUGAAGGAUCUUAUAUUUCGGAGGCAAUCUGAGCUUGAAGAAAUAUGCAAAGCUGUACAUAUGGAUGCUGAUGGUGAUAAAGCACGGAAGAUUCUCACUUCUCUUAUGGAUUCUGGUAGUAUGGAUCUUUCUGAGCUUUUAUCUAGUAUGGACGAUCAAAUAGUGAAAGCCAAAGAACAGGCCCGAAGCAGAAAGGACAUUUUGGAUAAGGUGGAGAAAUGGAGACAAGCAUCUGAGGAGGAAAAUUGGCUCGCUGAGUACGAAAGAGAUGAAAAUCGAUAUAGUGCGGGAAGAGGAGUGCACAAGAAUUUAAAGCGUGCAGAGAAAGCAAGAAUCUUAGUUGGCAAACUACCAUCACUUGUUGAGAGUUUAACUGCAAAAGUAAAAGCAUGGGAACUAGAGAAAGAAAUGCCAUUUCUGUAUAACAAGACUCCUUUAUUGCGGACGUUGGAGGAAUUCACCAUCUCCCGACAAGAAAAAGAAGAGGAAAAACGCAGAGCUCGAGAACAAAAGAAGCUUCAAGAUCAAUUAGCUGCAGAGCAAGAAGCAAUGUUUGGUUCGAAGUCAAAUGCCAAAAAACCGUUGGGUCAGAGCACAAAUGCUAAUACAAUGGUCUCAACACCAAACAGUAGACGUGUGGGGACUCCCUGGGCUCGACCGACAAAGGAUAGAAGAGAGAGUGGUAGAGUGGGUACUGUUAUUCCCAUAAACUAUGUGGCUCUUCAAAAAGAGGAUAGAGGUGCUUAGAUACUUAGACAAGAAAGUUACGAGGUUAUCUGCAGCUGCUUAGUCUUGCUCUUAACACAAAUUAGAAGUUAAUAGGCAAGUCCUACCUCCAGAUACUCGCAUGGGUCAUUCUGUUUCUGUUUUUUUUUUUU